GCAGCAGGGUGGUGCGGGGUGGGACUCCGACCCUGGAGCCAUCCUUCCUGUGUCCCUUCCAGUUCCAGCUGCGUGGGACUGGAUGGGACGGGGCCAGACUCGACCCUGGGGCCAUCCUACCAGUGUCUCCUCAGUUCCAGCCCCGAUGGGACUGGACGGGACAGGUGGGAGUGGAUAGGACAAGGCGGGGCUCGACCCUGGGGCCAUCCUUCCCUUCUCCUAGUGUUCCCGAGGGGCAGGACAGGACGGGGCAGGGCUGAACCCUGGGUCCAUUCUUCCCAUGUCCUCUCAGGUUCCAGCUAGGUGGGACUGGACCCUGGGGCCAUCCUUCCCUUCCCCUUGGGUUCCAGCCGGGUGGGACUGGACAGGGCGGGGCUCAACUCUGGGGCUAUCCUUCCUGUCCCCUGGGUUCCAGUGGGUGGGACUGGACUUUUUUUGGGGGGGGGUGGGACUUGACCCUGGGGCUCUCCUUCGGGUCCCUCGGGAUCCAGCAGGGAGAGAGACUGGAUGGAGCCCGUCGGCUCUUCACACUGGGGCCAUCCUUCCUGUCCUCUGUCCCCUGGGUUUCAGCCCUCCUGUAGCAGGACUGGACUGGAUGGGGCAGGACGUGACCAUGGCAUCAUUGGGUAGGGGAGGGACUCUACCCUGGCACCAUCCUUCCCCUCCCCCUGGCUCCAGGGCACGUGUCAGGCCACGAGGCCACACCACUCUCCAGCCCCAAAGCCCCAUGCCCUGAUUCUCCUCUGACACCUCCCACCUUCUUUAGUGCAUCCCUGUCCUCUGGAGCUUUCGAGCUCCUGUGCAACACAGGGCAGCCGUCGCCAUGGCACCCACGGCAAGGAAGAGCUUGGGGAGAGCUGCCAAGGCCCAGGUGGAGCCUCGGGACCUGUCCGUCUAUGACUUUGAGUGCCCAGCAACCAGUUCAGGACUUGAUGACAGUGCGGAGGAGAGUUCUUUCACAGGUCGUCAGGAGCGAGACAUGGGGAAUGAACUACGGAAUAUGUUGGCCAAGUUCCAAGGGGACAUCAAGAAGCUUCUUCAGGCCAAGAGAAGAAAUUUCAAAAUGAGUAUCAGUGCUUCUGUCAAAACCUUUCAGCAGAAAAUUGAGCAUGUUCUGAAAAUCCAGCAAGAGCAAAGGGAGGAGCUUUAUGAAGAAUAUUCUCAGCAGUUUGCGACUUUGGUUCAGAUGUGGAAUCUAGAUGUGAAGAAAGUCAAGGAGCAAGGAGAAAAACUGGCUGUUGGUAUCAGGCUUAGCUUUACGGCUACUCAUUUUACCACCAUCUCCAGGGGCAAGAGUUCAUGCAAAACACUCAGGAGGGAAGGUGGAGGGCACGAGGCUAGCUGGACCAAGGUGGGAGGAGGGUGUGGUGAUGGGCGACUGGAUGUCCCCUUGGGAUUGCUAGUGCUUCCCUAGUGAGGUGGCAAAGUCAUCAGCUGGGAGUGGGGAUGGGGAGCGGAUGCUGCCUUCAGGGCAGAGGAGAAGACAGGGGAUUGUCUCCUAUGAGGGGGCCGCUGGAAGAACGAGGGAAACAAAUGCUGAGCGGUGAUUCGUACCAACUUUGGUUUGCGACCUAGGGAGCAGGAGUUUAAAGUGAAGCCAGUUGGCAUGGCUGUGGCCAAGCAGCUGGAGAGUUGGAUUGUCCUGGAUGGGGAGUGGGUGUGGAGUAUAUAUGCAAGGGUGGAGGUCUGGUGACUGACGUGUAAUGUAAGCUGGGACUGAAAACACAGAGUCCACCAUUACUGGAACACCUCGCUGUGUGGUUCUUCAGAUCUUCAAGACCUGAGCCAGACGUAUUGGAUGUUGUUAAAAAGGAACAUUGGCCCCUAAGUGCACAGGAGACAGGAUUGGUGCCUAGCUUUCCUCUAGGGUUGGUGAACUCACAUCAUGGAAAUUUGGUCAUGCUAUUA